CGCGGCGCCGGCGGACGUCGUGGUGCCCACAGCUGGGAGUGCGUGCAUCGCAGAGCAGCUAGGCGCAGCCCGGCCACCGCCAUGGUGCACACCCGGAACAGGCUGCCGCCCACCAGAUACGUGCGGUGCGGCAUGGUGACGGUGAGCGAUGGCAAGAGCCGCCCGUCGCCGAUGCGGCUGCACCUGUCCAUGGAGCUGCUGCGGCUGCAGCGCGAGGAGCCGGCCCGCAACAACCCCCGCACCGCCCAGCUCUCGCCCACGCCGCUCGACUCCAGAGAGCGCAUCGUGAGCGUGACGAGGCAGAAGGUGGGCGGCCUGGGGCUCAGCAUCAAGGGCGGCGCCGAGCACAAGCUGCCUAUCCUCAUCUCGCGCAUCUUCAAGGACCAGGCCGCCGACCAGACGGGGCAGCUCUUCGUCGGCGACGCCAUCAUCAAAGUGAACGGGGAGUACAUCACAUCGUGUAAUCACGACGACGCGGUCAACAUCCUUCGCAACGCGGGAGACCUCGUCAUGCUGACCGUGAAGCACUACCGAGCCGCCACGCCGUUCCUGCAGAAGAGCUUGCACCGCGAGGAGUCGCCGCUGGACAACGAGAGCGCAAACCAGCUGCGCGCCGAGGACGGCUGGCGGUCGCGCUCGCCCAGCAGCGCCAGCGCCGGCAGCCACAGCCGGCCCACCUCGGACUCCUACUCGCCCAACGGCUCGCAGCGCCGCUGGGUCGACGUCAUCACGGUUCCUCUAAUGAUGGCGUACGUUACUCGUUACAUAUUUGGUACGGACAAACUACGGCCUAACUCCUUCGAAGUACGAGGACUGAAUGGUGUCAGCACUGGUAUUAUACACUGCGAUGAUGCUGCCAUCCUAUCUCAGUGGUUGAAGUAUAUCACAGACAAUAUAGUUGGACUGACGAAUCUUCAGAUGAAACUUUACAACCGUAACUUCCCUGCCACAGAACGAAUUGAAUACAUGGGAUGGGUCAAUGAAGGAAUACUCAACAACAAUCAACCAUGGCAAAAUUACAAACCACGUUUCUUAACACUGAAAGGAACUGAUGUGUUGUUGUUUGACUCACCUCCACUGAAUAUUAUGGACUGGCUUAAAUGCAAGUUGGUAUUCAAAGUUUAUCAGACCAUGUUCAGAGUCAUAAAGGAUUCUGAAAAUGUAGAUGAGAGACAGCACUGUUUUUUAAUACAGACAUCAGGUCAUGAAUCCAGAUAUCUGUCUGUUGAAACAAGACAAGAACUGCUACGGAUUGAAAAUGCAUGGCAUUGCUCUGUUUGUGCUGCAGUUAUGAAAUUGGGGAGCAAAACUUUCACUGUGACGACUUGUGGGAAGACGGCUGGUCUGACAUUGGACUGGAACAUGGGAUUUGCCCUUUAUGACACAGAAUCCAAAACAUAUUCUUGGAAAUAUAAAUUUUCUCAGCUAAAAGGUUCCUCUGAUGAUGGCAAAUGCAAACUGAAGCUCCAUUUUCAGGACAGUGAAACAAAAAUGAUAGAAACAAAAGAAUUAGAAACAUCAAAUCUUCAGAGCCUGCUCUUUUGUAUGCAUGCAUUUUUAACAGCUAAAGUAGCUUCAGUUGAUCCAGCCUUUCUGAGUUCAAAAACACCCUAGUCAGUUUUGUACAAAAUAGAUUAAUUAUUAUAAAUAAAUGUACAGAAAAUACCAUUAAGAUAAAUCAGUUUGUAUAUUGAAAUACAAAAAUAGUGAAAUAUAUUGUUUGUAAAUGUUAACAUUGAGAAAUGUGUCUAUCUGAAAACAAUACCUUUAUAAAUUUAUAAAUAUAUGUACAUACAAUCCUUGUUAUAUUGUUGUCUAUACUUCUUACUUACAAAAGCAAAAAAAAAUGUAUUGUUUACUUUUGUGUCUCAAUGAAAUUAUAUAUGAAUUUAUCACAUGAGUCUCAAAACCAAAGGACAAGGGCCAAAACAAAGUUUAAUCAGAAGCUUUAGAUUAUGAAAGAGUUUUUGGGAUUUUAUUUAUGUAUUUCAAUUUAUGAAAUCAAUACAGUUUUGGUGUACUUUUUACUACUUCAUUCAAGAACUUUUUUGUAAAUUGUAGCUGAAAAGAACAGACUGAAAGCGUUUCUCUGGCAGCAGCCAAGAAAUCACAAACAAAAAACUUUUUAAAUAAUGCCUAUUGUAAAAACUGCAAAACAUAUGUACUUCAUAAAGAUUUUAAUGUUGUUGUUGAUAAAGAGUAAGUUACAAAUUGGCCAAGAUUUCUUCCACUAUCUGAAUGUAAUUUGCUGCUCUGUGGGCACUACAAGACUGCAUCUUUGUGUAAAUGAGAAUCAAAUUCCCAUUUUAGUGACAGUCACGUGAUAUCAUUUGGAGUACCAGAGUAACUAUCUCUAAUACAUGUUACAGCAAUAAUUAAUAUGAAAGAACAUAACACAAAUAAUUAAUGAAGUACUUUCUUAUAUUUAAUUUAAACUCUUUGAUUUCUAAUAACUAUGGGGGAAAAGGAAGUGUUUUACAUUAUUUAUCACAUGAUUUACAAGGAACAGUUUAAAUCUGUGUGCGAACAACACAACCACUUUCUUUCGUACCACUACGUUGUUAGUGUCUUUGUUUUAUAUAUUCCACACAGUGACCACAGAGGAGGACAUACACAGUUCUCAGGUGAA